UUGGCAACAUUCUACAUUGAAAAGAUAAUAACAUAGGAUAGGUACUAAAUUGUUGUGUCCAUAUUAUUAUUUUAUAAGUUUUGUUUUGCACCACAAGAAAGUAUUCGUUUCCAUUUUAUCGUUUUUUUGAACUUUGAGUAUCAUGACAGACAUGAAAACCGCAGCAACAGUGCUGCAAGAAAUGAUGGUCAAGCUACACACCAUGCCGCAUUACGAAUGCAUAUCUCAAUCUGGACCACAACAUCAAGCAAUGUUCGAGUACCGUUGCAAAGCGCAGGGAAUCGAGGUGACGGCAACGGGUCGCUGCAAGAAAGAUGCCAAGCAGGAGGUGGCCAAGCUCAUGCUGCGGGAGCUCGCUGCUGCCGGCUACAACGUUCCGAUGCCAUAUCGUUUGGAUAACUACCAAGCAGCACAGAUUGGAAAAAACAUUCCUGGUGCAGGAGACAAUGUAGAGCCCGCCUCCAUGGGCUCUCGCAGCUACGUGGCGCUCCUGAAAGAGCUCUGUGCUGAGUAUCGACUGCCAUCUGUUGAAUAUGACCUGACGAGCGACACGGGCCCGGCGCACCAGCGCCACUUCACGAUGGUGGCGCGCGUGGGGCAACACUCGCGCUGCGCCACCUCCACCACCAAGAAGGCGGCCCGCCAGCUCGCCGCUGAGAAACUCUACUCCUAUCUGCGCGAGAACCUCUCCAUUACCAAGGACUUCGAUGAGGAGGACGCGCUGGCGCGCGCGCACGAGCGCGUCAUGGAGCGCUACCAGGAGGCGGCCGAGGACGCGGCGCGCCGCCCCGACCUAGGUCAGAGAAUCGCUGAUUACCACCUGGGCUUGCAAACGCAUCUCGGUCCGGAGGCGCUGAGCAGCGGGCGCGCGGCGCUGGCGGCGCGGGCGGGCGCGGAGCCGCAGAGCGCGCUGGCGGCGGCGGCGGCGGCGCUGGGGCUGGCGGUGCAGUACGCGGAGCUGCCGGCGCAGCGCGGGCCGCCCGUGGCCGUGGUGGCGCUGGAGCCCGCCGCGCCCGCCGUGCUGCUGGCCGGCGCCGACCGCGACGCGGCCGCGCGCGCCGCGCUGCGCUACCUGCAGCACGCGCUGUGACCGACCCGACGCUGUUUCGCUCAUUCAAUUAAUCAACCUGUGGUCCCCACGAUCAGAUGUGAUCUUCAAAACGACGCUGUAUUGUGAACGAGUGUUUGUAAGGAGAUUAUAAAUUAUUGAUAUGAUAUAACUUUUUAGAACUUUUUUUGCAUAGAUUAUGUAUUCGAAAUCAUUGCCAAAAAUCCAAGAGCGACACCUCAAAAAACUAGUCGUUUAAUAUCUUUGUUUAAAUUAUUAAUCCUUUCUUAAUCAAAUAUUCCUUGACGCACCAAUACAUAAACCGCCAUGCCCUAUAUCUAUAUAUAAGAACUCAAGCAGAUGUUUUGUCACUUAUUUUAAUGAUUUUCACUUGCUUUUAUUUGUUGCCAUAUUUAAGAUUUAAGUAAAACUGUUUACGAUGUAAAUACUAUAAUACGUUGGUUAGACAUUCAGACGGUAUAUUGCUUUCCAUCCUACCAUCAUUCAUUGGUUAUUUUCAGACGUUUCUGUCGUUUUUUGCAUUGCUUAUUGCCUGUAUAUGUAAUGUUAGCUCUAGUACAUAAUACAGUAGGUAUUUUCAUUUUAGCAGGCCGGCUAUAUUUCAUUUCCAAGGUUUUCCAGUGAACACGACGAUAUCCUCACCUGCAUCCCAAUGUACAUACCUAUAUGUAUACUUGAAUUUCAAUAAAUGCUAUUUUUAUAUUUA